UGUUUAGUCCAGCUCUGCAAAACAUUUGGGCUCUUGUACCACAGAAUCCUUUACUUUGCUGCUGGAUUGGCUCUCCACAUUGGUAUGGUCCCCUUAUUGAUGAAAAUGAAAUACCCUCUGGUCUUGCUCUGGUCCUCCAGCCUGUUCGGAUUUACCUGUGGCACUGGGUUCUUGUACCAAUUCCCAGCAUCCACUCUGCAGCACAACUACCCUGAUCAGAAUGCAGCAUCUGCUAGUACCAGUUACACCAAUCGCAGGAAUUGGUGUCAGUUCACCGUAACUAAAACAGUUACUUGCCAAGUACAGAAUGGAUCAGAGACGGUGGUCCAGAGAGUGUACCAGAGUUGCAGAUGGCCAGGACCAUGCACCAAUCUUGUCAGUUAUAGGACUGUUCUGAGACCUGUGUAUAAAAUGUCGUAUCGUACAGUCACUACCAUGGAGUGGAGAUGCUGCCCGGGGUUUACUGGAAGUAACUGUGAAGAAGAGUGUAUGAAUUGCACAAGACUGGCAGCGAUAGCAGAAAGAAUAAGCAAUCUUGAAGCAAAGGUCAUCACACUGGAAUCAUCCGAGAAAGUAUCAGAGAAUGACCUACCAAUAACAAGAGGCACCGCUGUGUGGAAUGAGGACUUCCUACCUGAUGCCAUUCCACUGCUGAGCACUGGAGCAAUAUUCAGAAAGUCAGUAAAAUCUCCACCAGGUUCCAAGGGACAUAGUGAAGAAAAGAAAGCACGAGGCCAACCAGGAAUGCCAGGACCACCAGGGCCCAUAGGUUUACCUGGAUCAAAAGGAGAUCAUGGAGAAGUGGGUAAAUCUGGACCAGCUGGUCCUCCAGGACCUUUAGGACCUCCAGGUCCAAGAGGAGCUCCUGGAGUAACUGGAAUUCCAGGACCACCUGGCCCGCCAGGGCCCCCUGGACCACCCACCAUACCAGUCUCAUUUCCAGAGGGUGUGUUAUACUCUUUACAACCUAAUACAGGCAAAGAAAAUGGAGAUUCACAUAUAUCUACUAUUACGGACACAAUAAUGUCUGGACUUCCAGGACCUCGUGGACCACCAGGCCCUAUUGGACCACCUGGAAUUUCAGGACCUAGAGGACCAGCUGGGCCAAUGGGUAUUACAGGACCUCAGGGUAAGCCAGGACUUCAAGGUCAGCCUGGAGCAAAGGGCGAGAAAGGUGAACAAGGAGACAAGGGUGUACCAGGGCUACAAGGAGAGCAAGGUCCUAAAGGCAGUCCUGGGGAACCUGGCAUGAAAGGAGAAGAAGGACAUAAAGGAGAAGAUAGUGAAGCCGUACAGCAACUUAGAGAAGCAAUGAAGAUUUUAGCAGAACGAGUGUUAAUUUUGGAGCACAUGAUAGGAAUACAUGACACACUAGCGUUCGGAGAGCCAGGCUCAGGCCAGGACAAUUUAGGCUCUGUUAACUCUAGGAACACAAAACUGAAACGUCAACAGCAACAAAGAUACGAGACCUUGGAUAUCUUUUCAUCACUGCUGGAUGACAGUGAAAGACGUCAGAACUGAUGAUAUGGACCUCAUGCCUUGUUGCGAAUUCGUAAACUUCCUGCCCACAGAUCAAAGUUAAGCAAUUUUUAUUGCAUAAAGAUGAAUUGCUAGAGCCUUCAAGAAGUUUUGUUAUGUCAGAGGAAGAAAUUAUAAUGGGAACUACAUGCCUUAGUUUACUGCAACCUUCUUCUUUCUACAGUCAAAGUAAUGUGGGUUUGUUUCAACAUUAUUGGGCUUACUCAGUAAAUCAGCACAGGGAGCUAUGAUGUGGUGCAAAGUGCAGC